AUGCGUUUGGCCGCCCUCGCCCUCGCCCUGCUUGACUUGGCUCUGCAGGCUCGAGCUCAAGCAGUCUUUGCUCAUGUCAUUGUUGGAAAUACGUAUGCAUACACUCAGGCUGAUUGGGCGUCGGACAUCAGGGCCGCAGCCGCCGCAGGCAUCGACGGUUUUGCUUUGGACAUCGGAUUCCAAGAUACUGUAUCUGGAACGAAGCCGGUAAUCGGGGCGCUGAACAAUGCGUACAACGCCGCCGAUGCAGCUGGUUUCAAGCUCUUCAUCUCCUUUGACUACUUAGCUCAGGGCCCGUGGGACGCAGCCGACGUCGUCAAUGUCCUCAACACAUAUAAUUCGCAUCCCAGCGCAUUUAAGUGGCAAAACACUGGCAAGCCUGUGGCCUCCACCUUCGAGGGUCCGGGCAAUGCAGGAGACUGGGUCGGCAUUAAACAGCAGACAAAUGUUUUCUUCAUUCCUGACUACUCAAGUCAAGGACCCCAGGGAGCUGCUGCCCUCCCCGCCGUGGAUGGACUCUUCUCCUUUGCUGCCUGGCCCAACGGCCCCAAUGACAUUACAAUCGAUGCGGAUCAACAAUACGUCCAGGCCCUUAACGGUAGACCUUACAUGAUGCCUGUCUCGCCAUGGUUUUACACGAAUCUUCCAGCCUUCAACAAGAACUGGCUAUGGAGGGGCGAUGACUUGUGGCACCAGCGAUGGCAACAGGUCUUGCAAAUCAACCCUCCUCUGGUCGAGAUCCUGACUUGGAACGACUACGGCGAGAGUCACUACGUGGGACCAUUGCCUCCCGCGGCUAUCCAGAACCAGUCGCUGCCCACCGGCUCUUGGUACGUGGAGAACAUUCCUCACAACGCAUGGUUGAACGACUUGCCCUAUUAUAUUGCCCAAUAUAAGAAGCAAGCACUGCCCAACGAGAACCACGUUACCAUCUGGUACCGCCUCAACCCUGGAACCGCUUGCUCUGCCGAUGGAACCCCUUGCAACACCGUCACUCAAGGCCAGACUCAGUUCGCACCGCAACAGUGUGACGUUGACGCCAUCUACUUCACUGCCUUUGUGCCGUCGUCUGCUACCGCUACCGUCCACGUCACCAUUGGUAACAACGCGCCCGUCACCGUUACCGCCCCUGCUCCUGGCAUCUUCCACUCUAGCGUUCCGUUCAACGGCCAGACCGGCACCGUUGUGAUCUCGGUAACUGCAUCGGGAAUUAACCAGAUUGGACCGGUUACAUGCCCAGCCAUCACAACUGCCUGCAACAAUGGCAAUGUGAACUGGAACGCGUGGGUCGGUGGUUCUUAA